GUUCAGGAGACAAAUCGCUAUCGGAGCAACAAAACAUAUUCAGAUAUCCACACAUCCAUGAAUGAGAAGUAUUUCGUCUUACUGGGUUUUUAACAAAGUAUUCAAUAUGGAUCCGACAGCCUCUGGCAUUUUCUGCAACAGAAUGCUGAGCAUGGUCAACUCGGAGGAUGUGAACGCCAUCAUUCAAGCCCAGAGACACAUGUUGGACCGCUUUGAGAAAACCAACGAGAUGCUCAUUAACUUUAAUGGCUUGUCCAAUGUGCGACUGCAACAGAUGAACGAUCGCUUUCUGCUCCAUACUCGCACUUUAGUCGAGAUGAAAAAGGACUUGGACAGUAUUUUCCGGAGAAUAAGGACAUUGAAAAGCAAGAUUGCUAAGCAGUAUCCUGAGGCUUUCAGCAACAUUCAUGAGUCUCCCAGUCUGGAGGAUGAUGAUGAUGAAUUUGACCCCAUUCCUCCCAGCGUGGCCACCACCGCCACCACAACAGAACAGAGCACAGAGUCGUGUGACACGAGCCCUGAUGUUAUAUCACCGACCGUUAGCCGCUGCUCUGAGGAUCUCUCACAAGAGAAUCCCGACACACCCACGUCUAACAGCCCCGAGAGGGCAGUGCUGCUGGAUGAGGGUCCAGAUUCAGCUGAGAUCUAGAGUUUCUUGUAGACAUUGCAGCUACUUUAGUACCUCAAGUUAUUAGCUAAAUUACUAGGCUGUGUCGCCUGAAAAUGGUACAGUGCUUGCCAAAUGUGCUUUUAUGCAGUUAUUUAAAUUAGGAUUUGAAGUAAAUGGCACGUCUUGGUCAAUUUUUACUUUUUUUAUGUUUUUUAUGUCUCAGUGAGCAAUGCUGUUACACAGUUUAUGUGUUUUACCAUAUCAGAGUGAGAGAUUAUUUAUUUUUACCUUACAUUAAAGUAGCAUAACCUGCCAUUUUGCUUUAAACACAUUAUUUUAAGCUCUAAUCCAACACACAUUAAUUCUUGGAUCUUUGACUGAAAAUAUAUGGCAAAUGUGGGGCAUAUUGAGUCAGUCUGAACAUCAUCACUCUGUUAAAACAUGUUUGUUUAGAUUUUAUUGAUAAUUUUGAUGAUGAAUCAUGUUCUGUGAUUAAAUGUUUUUGUCUUUGUACAAAUUGUAGUCAUGUCCAUGGAGAGGUAGACAUCCAGGAUCCGUACACGGGUAAUUGAGCUAACCAUGACACAGUUUCCCGAAAUGAUCAUACUGUUGCAAUUAUCAAUGCUUGAGAGAGUGCUCAAAGUGAAAAUGAGGCAGUAUCUCUGAAGUGGUAAUUGUCUUCUGUGAAGCUUUUGGGAAAUUGAGCAGCCUUUAAUUAAGGUUGGUUUUGAGCUGGACUUGCUCUUGACCCCUUGCAAAAAUGAAUACAGGAAUAUUGUGCACCUGUAAUGUACUCUGUAGGAUUAAUGUAGAACUACAGGACUUCUACAGGUCAUGUUUGUACAGGUCAUGUUUGCUGCCUCUGUACUGAAACUCACAAGAUGAUAUGCUGUAAAAGUUGUAUUGUUUAUGCUUCCUAACCAUAUUAUGUUAUUAAAAUCCUAAAACUGGUA